UUUUCCCUUUUCUUUGCAGCUGUCACAAUGUCUGCCAAGAACCACAUAGCUGCCAGAGCUGCACGUAUCGAGCAACUCAUGUCUAACAGACAUUUUGAGGAUCUUGGCAACCACCUGACUGAACUAGAAAUGAUUCAUGUGACUAAGGAACAUCUCCAGGAGACAGAUGUGGUCAGGGUCAUGUACAGAGUCCUCAAACACUGCCCCACGGUUGCUUUGAAGAAGAAAGCCAAGUGUUUGCUGUCAAAGUGGAAAGCUCUUUAUGAGACUACUCACUUCAAGCCAAUGAGCAACCAUGAGUUACUCUCCAAGAGUGGUAAAAAGGAAGAGAAAUCAGGACUUUCUCAUGACCCAAGUCAAGAUGAGACCUUGGACAUUUCCAGCUCUGAUGAUUCUCAGCCAUCAUGCCAAGAUGUUGCGAAAGCCAUUGAAAUGAUUGUGCCAGCAAAUAGUGCUGUUCACGUGGUACCUGAGGAGGGGCACUACAGUGGUUGUGACCCUACACCCACUGGCAAGGAAUCCAGUGAGUUGCUGGGUCCCACAAUGCCCGUGAGAACCAAAUGCAUAGAACUUCUUUAUGGAGCUUUAACUAGUUCUCCCACAGAUCCACCAAAAGCUGAUUUGUGGCAAAAAUUUGCAAGAGAAAUUGAAGAGCACAUUUUUGCCCUCUAUUCAGGAAACCUCAAAAAAUACAAAACUUGUAUCAGAAGCAAAGUUUCCAAUUUGAAGAACCCCAGAAAUUCUCAUUUGCAACAAAACUUGCUCUCUGGGGCCACGUCUCCAAGAGAAUUUGCUGCAAUGACUGCCCUAGAAAUGGCCAACCAGGAGCUGAAGGAGCUGAGAGCAGCCUACACAGAAUCUUCUAUACAGGAGCAUUGUCUUCCCCAAGGACUUGAUGGGACGCAGACAAAUAAAAUCAAAUGCAAACGCUGUGAGAAAUACAACUGCAAAGUCACUGUAAUUGCCCGAGGAGCCCUUUUCCUUCCAAGUUGGGUACGGAAUUCCAGCCCGGAUGAACAGAUGAUGACCUAUGUAAUUUGUAAUGAAUGUGGUGAGCAAUGGUACCACAGCAAGUGGGUGUGCUUAUGA